AUGAAUUAAUUAGUUUAAGUCAUUCUAUUUUUGAAUUGUACAAAAGUGUUUCGAGAAGAGGAUUCACCUGUUUUUAAUAAAAUAGUGGUAAUGUAUAUAAAUAAAUAUAGUACAACAUUCGUAAUAAUUAAUAUUCUCAAUUGUCUAUAUUAUAUAAUGAUAUAACAGAGUAUCUAAAUUCAUGUGAGAAUAUGGAGACUAAAGAGAGAUUGAACUAUGAAUUAAAGAGAUUAGGGUUAAAUUGA